AUGGACCCAAACACCAUGGCCAGCUUCGACGAUGAGCAUCGUCAUUCCUCCUUCUCGGCUAAGAUCUGUAGAAUCUGUAGCGACGAGGUCAAAGAAGCCGAGAAUGGCCAGACAUUCGUGGCGUGCCACGUAUGCGCAUUCCCUGUUUGCAAACCAUGCUAUGAUUAUGAGCGUAGCAGCGGUAACAAAUGUUGCCCUCAAUGCAACACUCCCUACAAACGCCACAAAGAUGAUGAUGAAGAAAACAAUAAUGGUCCGGUUGAUUCAGAUGAUGAGUUGAAUAUCAAAAAUCGCAAGGAUGCUUCCUCCAUUCACCAGAACUUUGCCUAUGGAUCGGAAAAUGGAGACUACAAUAGUAAGCAGCCAUGGCGUCAAAAUGGCCGGGCCUUUUCUUCCACCGGAAGUGUGUUGGGGAAAGAGUUUGAAGUUGAGAGAGAUGGAGCCACAGACGCUGAGUGGAAAGACCGAGUUGAUAAAUGGAAAGCGAGGCAAGAGAAGAGAGGUUUAUUAGUUAAAGCAGAACAAACAAAAGAUCAAGACAGCCAAUCUGAUGAAGAAGAAUACCUAGAUGCUGAUGCAAGACAACCUCUCUGGAGAAAAAUCCCAAUCUCAUCGAGCAAAAUAAGUCCUUACAGGAUCGUGAUCGUUCUCCGUCUCAUCAUCUUAGUCUUCUUCUUCCGUUUCCGUAUCUUGACACCAGCCAAAGACGCCUACCCUCUCUGGCUGAUCUCAGUCAUCUGCGAGAUCUGGUUCGCGCUCUCUUGGAUUCUUGAUCAGUUCCCUAAAUGGUGCCCUAUCAACCGUGAAACCUACCUUGACCGUCUCUCCAUGAGAUUCGAAAGGGAUGGUGAAAAAAACAAACUCGCACCGGUUGAUGUGUUUGUCAGUACUGUGGAUCCUCUUAAGGAGCCUCCUAUAAUCACAGCCAACACUAUUCUCUCCAUCUUAGCGGUUGAUUAUCCGGUGAGUAAGGUUAGCUGCUAUGUGUCUGAUGACGGUGCUUCAAUGCUCUUGUUCGAUACAUUGUCUGAAACUUCGGAGUUUGCGAGAAGAUGGGUUCCGUUUUGCAAGAAGUAUAAUGUGGAGCCAAGAGCUCCAGAGUUUUACUUCUCUGAGAAGAUUGAUUACUUGAAGGAUAAAGUCCAAACUACAUUCGUCAAAGAUCGCAGAGCUAUGAAGAGAGAGUAUGAGGAAUUCAAAGUGAGGAUCAAUUCUUUAGUGGCUAAAGCUCAGAAGAAACCUGAAGAAGGUUGGGUGAUGCAAGAUGGUACACCAUGGCCUGGAAACAACACUCGUGAUCAUCCAGGGAUGAUUCAGGUGUAUCUAGGAAAGGAAGGAGCUUAUGACAUUGACGGUAACGAAUUGCCACGCCUAGUGUAUGUGUCGAGAGAGAAGCGUCCUGGCUACGCACAUCACAAGAAAGCUGGAGCCAUGAAUGCAAUGAUAAACAUGAGAGGGUUAGAUGGGAUUCAAGGACCAGUCUAUGUCGGAACAGGAUGCGUAUUCAACAGACCAGCACUGUACGGAUACGAACCACCAGUGUCGGAAAAACGUAAGAAGAUGACUUGCGAUUGCUGGCCGUCGUGGCUGUCCUGCUGCUGCGGUGGAGGUAGCCGUCACAAACCCAAGUCGGAGGAUACCAAGAAGAAGUCAGGGAUCAAGAGAUUGUUAUCUGGACUUAGGAGGAAGAAGAAGACGAGCAGUGCAACGACGACGACGAUGAGCUAUUCAAGAAAGCGAUCGACGGAAGCUAUUUUCGAUCUUGAAGACAUCGAAGAAGGGCUUGAAGGGUACGACGAGCUGGAUAAGUCGUCUCUGAUGUCGCAGAAGAACUUCGAGAAGAGGUUUGGGAUGUCUCCUGUGUUUAUUGCGUCGACGUUGAUGGAGAAGGGAGGGUUACCGGAGGCGACCAACACGAGCUCGCUGAUCAAAGAAGCGAUUCAUGUCAUUAGCUGUGGUUAUGAAGAGAAGACUGAAUGGGGCAAAGAGAUUGGAUGGAUUUAUGGAUCAGUGACAGAAGACAUUCUCACGGGAUUCAAAAUGCAUUGUAGAGGUUGGAAAUCAGUUUAUUGUAUGCCUAAAAGACCAGCUUUCAAAGGAUCAGCUCCCAUCAAUCUUUCUGACCGGUUGCACCAAGUGCUUCGAUGGGCUCUCGGUUCCGUCGAAAUCUUCUUUAGCCGUCAUUGUCCACUAUGGUAUGCAUGGGGAGGCAAGCUCAAGAUUCUAGAACGUCUCGCUUACAUCAACACCAUCGUCUAUCCUUUCACUUCUAUUCCUCUCCUCGCUUAUUGUACUAUCCCUGCCGUUUGCCUUCUCACCGGCAAAUUCAUCAUUCCAACGAUCAACAACUUUGCGAGCAUAUGGUUCCUUGCUCUAUUCUUAUCAAUCAUUGCAACGGCGAUCUUGGAGCUGCGAUGGAGCGGAGUGAGCAUCACUGACCUCUGGCGUAACGAGCAGUUCUGGGUGAUCGGAGGAGUCUCCGCUCACCUCUUCGCCGUCUUUCAAGGUCUCCUCAAAGUCCUCUUUGGCGUCGACACAAACUUCACCGUCACAUCCAAAGGAGCCUCAGACGAAGCAGACGAGUUUGGAGAUCUUUACCUCUUCAAAUGGACGACUCUUCUCAUCCCUCCGACAACUCUCAUCAUCCUCAACAUGGUCGGUGUCGUGGCAGGAGUUUCGGACGCAAUUAAUAACGGGUACGGGUCGUGGGGACCGCUUUUUGGGAAACUGUUUUUCGCGUUUUGGGUCAUUGUUCAUCUUUACCCGUUCCUCAAGGGUUUGAUGGGUCGACAGAACCGGACUCCCACGAUCGUUGUGCUUUGGUCGAUCCUUUUGGCGUCUAUUUUCUCGCUUGUUUGGGUUCGGAUCGAUCCGUUUUUGGCGAAACAGACUGGUCCGUUACUGAAGCAGUGUGGUGUCGACUGUUAA